GAACAUUUGGUAUUAUUGUGUUACAAUCACUGGAAACCGGUUUUACCCUGGGUUGUUCAACAUAUCGUGUAUAUCACCGCUGUCAUCGGGCCAACUGGUAUCAACAUGGGUCGCGUUCGUACUAAGACCGUAAAGCGUGCUGCGCGCCAGAUCGUAGAGAAGUAUUACGCCAAGCUGAGUUUGGACUUCCACUUCAACAAGAAGGUUGCUGAAGAGGUAGCCCAGAUCCCAUCAAAGCGUAUGCGCAAUAAGGUUGCUGGCUUCAUCACCCAUCUGAUGCGGCGCAUCCAAAAGGGACCAGUACGUGGCAUUUCAUUGAAGCUGCAGGAGGAAGAGCGUGAGCGCCGCAUGGACUUUGUUCCCGAACGUUCCGAGGUUGAUGUGCCUCUCAUCCAGGUCGACCAGGACACCGCUGACAUGUUGACGUUCCUCAAGUUGAACAUACCUAACGUAAAGGUUAUCACUGCCAACAUGCACAGUGAGGGCGUUCACCAGCGUUUCUGAAGGUCACGGUCGCCCGUCCCUAAAGCUGACAUCGGACAUUUAAUGCUAUAAAAAUAUACAGGUGUACAUAG